AUGGCCUACGCAGUGCUCGGCGCGACGGGGAAUUGUGGCACUGCCUUGAUCCAACAUCUUCUGCAUUCGCCCGUUCCCAUCCACGCCUACUGUCGCAACAAGCCCAAACUGUUAGCCCUAAUCCCCGACCUGGCGGACAGAAAGCAGACGCAGAUCUUCGAGGGUAGCAUCCACGACGUCGCGCUCCUCACCGACUGCCUUCGGGGCACGCGCGCAGUCUUCCUAGUGGUUUCCACCAACGACAAUGUGCCCGGCUGUCGCAUGGCGCAAGACACAGCACUCGGGGUAAUUCGAGCCCUGGAAUCCCUGCGGGCCGAGUCGAAUGAGGUCAUUAUGCCGAAACUCGUACUUCUCUCGUCCGCCUGCCUCGAUGAACAACUCUCCCGAGACACGCCCCGUCUCGUCCGAUGGAUUCUGCUGCGAUCGGCAUCACAUGUCUACCACGACCUCCGACAGACUGAGGAAUUGCUCCGCGAACAGCACGAGUGGCUCUCAACCAUCUUCAUCAAGCCAGGGGGGUUAUCGCUGGAUGUUGCGCAUGGACACGCCCUGAGCCUAACCGAGGAGCAGAGCCCACUGUCCUAUGCUGAUCUGGCUGCAGCCAUGAUCGAGGCCGUGGAUGAUCCUGAUGGAAGGUGGGAUAUGCGAAAUGUGGGGGUGGUAUCAGUGAAUGGGCUGGCCAAGUUUCCUGCGGGGGCUCCGAUGUGUAUUGCGAUGGGGUUUCUGAGGCACUAUUUGCCGUUUUUGCACCCGUAUUUGCCUUCGACUGGGCCGGGUUAG